UGCACGUUGAGCUGAGCCAAGCCAAGAAUCAGACUCAGUCCGAAGAGAGAUCCGAACAAGAAUCCCAAGAAAGAGAGAAAGAAGAUUUCGAACUCCGAAGAAGGACGGUAAUGGCGCUUCAAUGGAUGAUUCUGACCUACGUGGUGGCAGCGGAGGCCGUUUUGGCCAUUCUCUUAACUCUUCCUUAUCCUAAGCUCCUCAAGAACCGCUUCGUCUCUUUGAUCUCUCUCAUACUCCAACCUUGCCUCUUCAUCGUUCCCUUCGCCGGUUUCCAGCUCCUAGAUAUCUAUUGGAAGCAAGAGCAUCGCUUGAUGUGCACAUCUGAUAUCUGUACGGCUACUGAGAGAGAUCGCUUCGAAAAAACUACCUACAAAGCUCAAAGGAACGUAAUUCUCUGCGCCGCUGCAGUUAUUCUUUAUUGGUGCCUUUACCGCAUUUGCAAGUAUAACAAAGAUAUUCAAGCCUUGGAGCAGGUGGAGAAGAGGUACAAGGAUCAGUAAGGUUCCUGAGUUAUAUUAUAAAUUAGAUGCAGUUGAUUAAACUCUGUUUUUUUGGAUAGAGCUGCGUAGGGUGUACUAUCUACAGUCUACUUUUGUGUUUAAGCUCCUCAAAGUUUAUGAUUUCCUUUCUUGGUCUAGACUGUGAUACAACUCCGAUUGAGUAGAGAUCUGCUUUUGUAAUUUGAUAUAACUUUUAUUGACAUUUAAAUAUAAAACUACUUUUCAGAAU